AGAAUUCCAUAACUGCCGUGUCAGUCUCUCUUUCUAUUUUUCUCUUUAUUUCUUGACAAAUUCUCGUCUUACUUCUCCCUAAGUUUGGUAUACAAUGAUGGCUGACGGUCAUGAUAAUGAUAAGAAUAUCGAGAUAUGGAAGAUUAAGAAACUUAUAAAGGCACUUGAAGCUGCUCGAGGCAAUGGUACCAGCAUGAUUUCUCUAAUCAUGCCUCCACGGGAUCAAGUAUCUAGGGUAACUAAGAUGCUUGGAGAUGAGUUCGGAACUGCAUCGAACAUUAAAAGUAGAGUUAAUCGUCAAUCUGUGUUGGGUGCAAUCACAUCUGCUCAGCAGAGACUUAAACUCUAUAACAAGGUUCCACCAAAUGGGCUUGUGCUUUACACUGGAACGAUUAUGACCGAAGAUGGGAAAGAGAAGAAGGUCACAAUUGAUUUUGAGCCCUUCAGGCCCAUUAACGCAUCUCUAUAUCUUUGUGAUAACAAGUUCCACACAGAAGCCAUGAAUGAACUUUUGGAAUCUGAUGACAAGUUUGGAUUUAUUAUAAUGGAUGGAAAUGGGACACUUUUCGGGACAUUGAGUGGCAAUACCAGGGAGAUUCUUCACAAGUUUAGUGUUGAUCUGCCCAAAAAGCACGGAAGAGGAGGACAGUCAGCACUGCGUUUUGCUCGUCUUCGGAUGGAGAAACGACACAACUAUGUGAGGAAAACGGCGGAGCUUGCAACCCAAUUUUAUAUUAAUACUGCCACCAGUCAGCCCAAUGUUUCAGGCCUGAUACUAGCUGGAUCAGCUGACUUUAAGACUGAGCUUAGCCAGUCUGAUAUGUUUGAUCCUCGUCUUCAGGCAAAAAUAUUGAAUGUGGUCGAUGUUUCUUAUGGAGGAGAAAAUGGUUUCAAUCAAGCAAUUGAGUUGUCUGCUGAGAUCUUGGCCAAUGUGAAAUUUAUACAAGAGAAGAAAUUGAUAGGCAAGUAUUUUGAGGAGAUUAGUCAGGACACUGGGAAGUAUGUUUUUGGGGUUGAUGACACAUUGAAAGUUCUGGAAAUGGGUGCUAUUGAGACCCUUAUUGUGUGGGAAAAUCUGGACAUGACUAGGUAUGUGCUGAAAAAUAACACUUCUGGAGAAACAGUCAUCAAACACUUGAAUAAGGAGCAAGACACUGUCCAAAGUAACUUCCGUGACCCUGCUACGAAUGCAGAAUUAGAAAUUCAGGAUAAAUUGCCACUGCUUGAGUGGUUUGCGAAUGGGUACAGGAGGUUUGGUUGUAGUCUGGAGUUUGUUACCAAUAAAUCACAAGAAGGAUCUCAGUUUUGCCGUGGUUUUGGUGGCAUUGGAGGGAUUCUCCGUUACCAGCUUGAUGUUCGAGCUUUUGAUGACCUUUCUGACGAAGGUGAAUUUUAUGAAGAUUCUGAAUAGCAAUUAAGCAACUUCACAAAUGCCAGUGCAGGAGUGGAGCAGAAAGCCUGCACUGGUGCGCAAGGGCUCUCGCGUGGCCCAGCUGCUCUUGUGCUUAGUGAAAAAUUACAGGGAGCUCUUCAGGUCAGUUGGCAGAGACGUCGUCUUGUUCUCGAAUGUGAAGUUAUGAUCAAAUUAGCAAUGGAUAACCUGGAUGAAGAAAUGGAGUCGCGAGUAAAUUCUUCGCAUCUGUCUGAGCAAUGGGAAGGUUGUUUUCAUCUCACAAGUGCUACUGCAGGAGAGGAGCAGGGAGCCUGCGCUGGUGUGUGAGGGCUUGCGCCUGAUUUGGCCGCUCAUGUUCUUAGUGACAAAUUCCUGGAAGCUGUUCAGAUGGAUGGCCUGCAUAAAGAAAUGAAGUUGCCAGUAAUUUCUUUGAGUUUGUCUGAGCAAUAUGAAGGUGACUUUCAUCUCAUAAAUGCCGGUGCAAGAGUCAAGCAAGAAACUUGCACUGGUGUGCGAGGGUUCGCCGUUGACUUGGCCGCUCGUGUGCUUUGCAACAAGUUAUCGGGAGCUCUUCAGAUGGAUGACGAAAUGAAGUUGCUAAUGAUAUCAUGUUUGUCCGACCAAUCUGAAAGGGGUCGCGUUCAUCUCUGAAGUGGCUUGUCUGCUGAAAGAACUGAGAAGAAGAUCCAUGUGGCAGUGUAGCAGCUAUGAAAGAACUUAAUCUGUUCAGUUGGAGUUGAUAGGGAGUUACCUGCUAUACGCUCCUUAGAAGAGUGAAAUGCCUAAGUACUAUCAUAUUAUCUAUAAUUAUUAUCAUAUUAUCUUAUAUGCAGUAUGGUUUUGCUGAAGUCAGCUGUAUAUAAUCCCAGUGACUAUUUCAUGUUGUGAGAUCUUUAUGACUGGUAUGUCGUGUGAUAGACCUAUUUCGGUACUAUGAAUAAAUACUAUGAUAUUAUCUAUGAAGUUGGGAGUUUUUACUGA